CGGACCGGGCCACAGGCGGUGGCGGCGGGACCAUGGGGGCGGCGGCCGCUGCUCCGCGCCCGCGGCUGCUCCUCCUCGUGCUGGCGGCGGCGGCGGCGGCGACGCUGGUCCCGGGGGCGACGGCAUUACAGUGUUUCUGCCACCUUUGUACAAAAGACAAUUUUACUUGUGUGACAGAUGGGCUCUGCUUUGUCUCUGUCACAGAGACCACAGACAAAGUUAUACACAAUAGCAUGUGCAUAGCUGAAAUUGACCUGAUUCCUCGAGACAGACCAUUUGUAUGUGCACCAUCUUCAAAAACUGGGUCUGUUACUACAACCUAUUGCUGCAACCAGGACCACUGCAAUAAAAUAGAACUCCCAACUGUUGGCCCUUUUUCAGGAAAGCCAUCAUCUGGCCUUGGUCCCGUUGAACUGGCAGCUGUCAUUGCUGGACCAGUCUGCUUUGUCUGCAUCUCACUUAUGUUGAUGGUUUAUAUCUGCCAUAACCGUACCGUCAUUCACCAUCGAGUGCCAAAUGAAGAGGAUCCUUCCUUAGAUCGCCCUUUUAUUUCAGAGGGCACUACAUUAAAAGAUUUAAUUUAUGAUAUGACAACAUCAGGUUCUGGAUCAGGUUUACCAUUGCUUGUUCAGAGAACAAUUGCAAGAACUAUUGUAUUACAAGAAAGUAUUGGCAAAGGUCGAUUUGGAGAAGUUUGGCGAGGAAAGUGGAGAGGAGAAGAAGUUGCUGUUAAAAUCUUCUCCUCUAGAGAAGAGCGCUCAUGGUUCCGUGAGGCAGAGAUUUAUCAGACCGUAAUGUUACGUCAUGAAAACAUCUUGGGAUUUAUAGCGGCAGACAAUAAAGACAAUGGUACAUGGACUCAGCUCUGGUUGGUGUCAGAUUAUCAUGAGCAUGGAUCCCUCUUUGAUUAUUUGAACAGAUACACAGUUACUGUGGAAGGAAUGAUAAAACUUGCUUUGUCCACAGCAAGUGGACUUGCGCAUCUCCACAUGGAGAUUGUUGGUACCCAAGGGAAACCAGCCAUUGCUCAUAGAGAUUUGAAAUCUAAGAAUAUCUUGGUAAAGAAGAAUGGAACUUGCUGUAUUGCAGACUUAGGACUGGCAGUGAGACAUGAUUCAGCCACAGAUACCAUUGAUAUUGCUCCAAAUCACAGAGUGGGAACAAAAAGGUACAUGGCCCCCGAAGUUCUAGAUGAUUCCAUAAAUAUGAAACACUUUGAAUCCUUCAAACGUGCCGACAUCUAUGCAAUGGGCUUAGUAUUCUGGGAAAUAGCUCGACGAUGUUCCAUUGGUGGAAUUCAUGAAGAUUACCAGCUGCCUUAUUAUGAUCUUGUACCUUCUGAUCCAUCAGUUGAAGAAAUGAGAAAAGUUGUUUGUGAACAGAAGUUAAGGCCAAAUAUUCCAAACAGAUGGCAGAGUUGUGAAGCCUUGAGAGUAAUGGCUAAAAUUAUGAGAGAAUGUUGGUAUGCCAAUGGAGCAGCGAGGCUUACAGCUUUGCGGAUUAAGAAAACAUUGUCACAACUCAGUCAACAGGAAGGCAUCAAAAUGUAGUUCUGCAGCUUUGCCUGAACUCUACUUUUCCUUCAGAUCUGCUCCUGGGUUUUAAUUUGGGAGGUCAAUUGUUCUACCUCAGUGAGAGGGAAUAGAAGGAUAUUGCUUCCUUUUGCAACAGUGUAAUAGGUCAAUGAGAAACUCCCCAGGAUUUCUUUGGACCCAGGAAACAGCUGUGUGGGUCCUUUCUGUGCACUAUGAACACUUCUUUCCCAGGACAGUUACAAGAUGUUGUGUAGUCUACCUUUAUUUUUUAUUAACACAAAACUUGUUUUUUUUUAAAAAAAAGAUGAUUGCUGGUCUUAACUUUAGGUUAACUCUGCUGUGCUGAAAUCAUCUUUAAGGGUAAAGGAGCUGGAUUGUUGAGUUAUACGAAACAUUUCUUAUUUUUAAAGAAAGUGAUUUAUUUCUGGUUAGUACAUUCUCAGAGGAUUCUGAACCACUAAAGAGUUUCCUUGAUUCAGACUUUGAAUGUACUGUUCUAUAAUUUUCAGGAUCUUAAAACUAACACUUAUAAAACUCUUAUCUUGAGUCUAAAAAUGACCUCAUAUAGAAGUGAGGAACAUAAUUUAUGCAAUUGUAUUUUGUAUACUGUUACUGUUCUUUCACAUAUUCAGAACAUUACAUGCCUUCAAAAUGGGAUUGUACUAUACCAGUAAGUGCCGCUUCUGUGUCUUUCUAAUGGAAAUGCGUAGAAUUGCUUAAAGUCUGUGUGUCUUAAAAGCUAUAGUAUUUUAAUUCCAAAAGUUUAUUUAUCUGGGUAACCCAGACUUUUUCUGUUUUGUUUUUUGGAAGAUUUUUUUGUAGUAUGUCAUUUGGUAUUCUAUUUGAAAAUGCCUUUCUCCUACCAAAAUGUGCUUAAACCACUAAAGAAAUGAAGUGGCAUUAAUUGGUAAAUGUUAUCAUGGUCAUUUUUGAAUAUUCUCACAUCAAGCUUUUUUUUACAUUUAAAUUGUGUCGUCCAAGUAUACCUUAAAAAAGUCAAGUGGCACUCUAGAUGCUUAUAGUACUUUAAUAAUUUAAAACUUGUGGCAUACAGACUAAUUUUUCUAAAAGGGAAAAUUUGUCUAGCUGCUUGUGAAAAGUUGUGUGGCAUUCUGUAAGCCAUUUUUUUCUUUAUCUGAUCAAAGACAGUGUUAUUUUUUUAAGAAAUGAAUUACAUUUAAAAUUAAGGUAUGGUUAAUGUUAAAUAAUAGGCCUUUUUCUAGGAAGGUAAAGGUAGUUAAUCAUUUGAGUAGAUAACAGGUGUGCAAGAGAGUCACAUUUGUUGCAUAGGAGUCAGUGUUCGGUGGACUUUCUGUCUUUGUAACUAAGGUUAGAGUUAGUGUGGUUCUGAGGUCUCACUCCACUUUGAGGAAGGCAGCUUCUAAUUCAGUCUUUCUGUGUGCAGAUACUGCAACUGCUUACUUUAUAUGGUUAGGUAAUAAGUUUAGUACACCCUUGAUAUUUGGGAGAGUGGUAGCUAAAGAACAUUCUGAAUAUAGGUUCUCCAUUUACAGAUGUUUUGAGUCAAAUUCAGUGUUUAAAGCAAACUCGUCAUGGUCUUCACACUAAGUUGAAACUAGCUUAUGAUACCUGGUUUUUACUUCCAGUGCUAAAAGUCUUUUAGACUUUUAGACAGUUUUCAGAGUUCUCUUUAUCACUGUGAUCUUAUUCUGAUGGGAGAAAAAACUAUCAUAGCAGUGAGGCAAGACAUUGACUUUAUAGUGCUAUCAAUUUCCAGAUGAAAGGGUCAGAAUAACCUUUAUAGUAUUUGGUCAGUAAGAGAUAGUGGCCAUUUAUGCUGACUAAGCUGCAUUCUGAUCAUGUCUUAUCUCUUAUACAUAGAAUAAAUUUGAAAGACUAUUUGGUCUUAAAGCCAAAGUAAUUUUAGAAUGAAUGGCAUAUGCAUAGGAAUUUAGUGUCAAUUUCAUGUGUUUAAAAACAUCAUGGGGAAAAUGUGCUUAGAGGUUAAUAUUUUGACUCCAAAUUUGUGUUUUUUUCUGUAGUUACCAUGAUUUUGUCAAAGCAAGUGAAUGAGUUUGAGGGAUUUGGUUUUAUAAUUGUCUUAUAUUUCCUGUUUAAUAAUCUCUAGCUCAAUGAUUAGGUACUUUUUUUUCCCCCCUUUGGCCAUUUCUAAGCCUACCAGAUCUGCUUUAUGAAAUCCAGGGGACCAAUGCUAAAACUAUUUUUACAUAACUUUAAGAACAUACCAAAAGUUCUUACCUGAUUUAAAAUUGUGAUACAUGAUUUCUCACUUUCGUAUAAGGUAAUCGACUUCUUGCCUAAGUGGAUAAAAUGUACUUUUGGUGAGUCAGGGAAUUUUUCUUAAAGUUGGAGUUUAGUUCUAAAUUGGGUUUAUAUAUUACUGCAGCAAAUUCCUUUUUUGGCUAAUGACAGGUUGAUAAGCCCCAAUUAGUUAAUAUUGAAAAUGAAAGUCACUUAAAAAUGAAAUAGAUCAUGAUUACUAUGGCCAUAACUGCAGAUGUGUCUAACUAGAGUAUUAAUUUUGUCAUUUAGAAACACAAGCCUUUGUUUAUACUGCCUAUCUUCAGAUGCUCACCUUCCAAAAUUAAACUUGGCUUAACACAUACCUUUAGGCCAGUUACCUGUCCACAUUCAUUUCACCAGUACGCCGGAGGAAUGGGGAUGAAGGAGGGAUGACCCAGUGAGGCACAGGUAUCCCUGGUCCUUCCUAACUUUAGUUUCAGUUUCUCUCAACUUGCCUUCCUGCUGGUCCCUGACUCAGAGACCAGUUAUCUUGCCCCUACCAUUCCCCACCCAUUUCCCCUCAGCAGCCUUUUGACUGAAUAGCUGCUUUUGAAAUCUAGAGUAAAAUGAUUGAUGGAAGUGUGGGACAUGCUUUCAUUCCCUUGAGUCACUGGAUGUUGCUGGGAGGGAUCUCCAGGUUUGGAGAUUGGGUGGACAGUCGCCCUGCUGGCUGCCUUGUUGUGACUUUAGCUAUAGCCAAGGAAUGGGAAGGCAGCAAGGUAGCAGUUAUGGCUAUAGGAGUUGUGCCAGAAGCAGUGGCAAAUCAUAUCCUCUAUAGGACAGGGUAAGGUCUGAAGAGCUGAGCCUGUAAUUCUGCUGUAGUGAUAGUGCUCAAGAAGUGCCUUGAGUCUGUGCACAGUGUCAUGGUUAAUAACAUCAAGAAUUCAAAAUUUCAGUUCUUGUUAAAAAAUGUAAGUGGUCACUUGGCCAUUUUGCAACUCAUGCAUGAGCUACCUUUAGUUCCCCUUCUACAUCUGAGAACUGUCCCAUAUAGAAUAUUUUAUAAAACAAGAUGGCAUUGUGCUAAGUAAAAUGCAGAACAAAAUCAGUAUCCCAUUAGACAUGCCAUAUUCAGAGUUUAUUUUUAUCCUUGCACUGAAAGAAUGAUUGUAAAUCGACGGUUUCUUUUUGUUUCUUGAUUGUGGCAGUGUUCUGGCUCCAAAUGAUGGAGAUUCCAAAUAAGGUUGUAACAACAGCUUGGCAGGAAAUGCCAGUUCAGAUAUUUGUGAGAUCCUAAAGAAUAGAUCUGGACACAUAUUCUGUAGCUUCUUGUGUCUCUGUUUUGGAAUGCUGGACUACCCAUGGGCCCUCUCUCUAGGAAUGCUGGAAUUCUAAGGCAUUCUGAGGAUUGUCAGUACAUUUAAACUUUUCAACACCAUUAUGCAAUCUUAUUUGUGAUUGUAAACUUUUAAGAAUGUGUUUAAUAACAUUCAACCUGUUUCUUAAGGCUGAAAAAAAGAACUUAAGUGAAUUUGUUUUUAUUUUUUAAAAAGAUUUGUGAAUUGAAUAUCAUGAACCGUGUUUUACUAUCCCUUUUUCACAUUGUGCCAAUGGAUGGGGUGUUUGAUAUUUCUUUAUAUGUCAAGGAGAUGCUUCAAAAUGUCAAUCGCUUUAAACUUAAAUUACCUCUCAAGAGACCAAGGUACAUUUACCUCAUUGUGUAUAUAAUGUUUAAUAUUUGUCAGAGCAUCCUCCAGGUUUGCAGUUUUAUUUCUAUAAAGUAUGAGUGUUAUGUUGCUAAAUUACUCAAAUGGUACUGUAUUGUUUAUAUUUGUACCCCAAAUAACAUCCUCUACACUUUGUUUUCUGUAUUUUAUUGUAUUUGUGCAAAAUUCUUUUGGCUUUAUCAGUGUGAUCUCUGCCCUUUCAGCUGUGUACAGAAAAUGUCCAUAUAAAUUUUCAUUUUAGUUGAAUGCCUUUGAGAAACCUGUAAAGAGGAAAGAAACAAAAAACUGCAGUUCCCCAUAAGUUUUUAAAAGUUGUAUAUUGUAUUUGUAGUAAUAUUCUGAAUGAGUUGUAAAUAGGAAGUAGAAGAACAAUGCUUAUGUCAAGUCCUAACACUACAGUAGAAAAAUGGAAGCAAUGCAAAUAAAUGACUUUUUUUCCCAAAUGCUAGUGGAAUAAUUUAAAAUAAAGUGUGUAUAUUGGAUUGAG